ACACACGGAUAACGGUUAACUCCUAAAUGUCUUCUUCUUCCCUGUACAAGGACACUACACGGGUCAUAACGUAAAGGCUGAUAAGGACAGAUUCUAGGGCACUAGGAGGCAAUUUGGGAUUUAGUCAGAGAUACAUGUGAGAACGUUGAGCGGAAAAGUAAAGGCUGAAUAAUUCUGGUGUUUUGUGACCGCUAAUAUUUAUUAGCAUUAGCUAGAAGAGUUAGCUCUCCUAAUGUAAAGCACCUGUCAGAAUGCACGGCGUGAAGGUUGGGUGCUUUGGCUUGCUCGCUUCCAGACAGCUUUUAAGCCAAACUAAUUCGCUUUCCUGUUGUAUCCGUGGUGCAGGUUGUGUACAAGAGUUAUUUUAUAAUGUUGUUGGACGCCAAACAUCCACAGCGACGUCUGAACCGGUGAUAAUCCGCGUCCCGAGGCGCAUACAAGACCGCAUAGACAGUGUGAAGCAGGUGAAACGCAAAAACCUCGAUAAAGUAGCCACAGUAAAAGCUGGUAGACUACUGAUCGAAAGCAAGAACCAACUAUUGAAUCAGUCUGUCAGUUACACUCUGGGCAAGUUUGAAGAACCAGUACUCACGUCAAAGGGAUGGAAGAAUAACAAAUCAUUUGGAGACUACUUUACCAUCAACAGCACCCAGAGUGCGCCACCUUUCCUCCCGGAGUCUAUGGAAGAGAAGAACCAGGAUGGACAGAAUCAGAGAAAAACAUUCAGCCACCUCCAUCUUUCGUCAGAGCUCGUCGAGACACUGCAGAGUCACAAUAUCACGCAUCCUACGAUUGUGCAGUUACAGACCAUUCCAAAACUGCUUCGGGGUCACAACGUCCUGUGUGCUGCUGAGACGGGCAGCGGAAAAACGUUGGCCUACCUCCUGCCCAUUGUCCAUAAAUUACAUACAGAGAUGAGACCGAUAGAGCUGGAGUCAGAGCAGAAGACACAAGCGCUGGUCCUUGUGCCAUCGAGAGAGCUGGCCGAGCAGGUGACCUCGGUUGCACGUGCCGUGAGCCGACCGUUUGGGCUAAAGGUUAAAGUUGUAGGUGGAGGAAGAGGAGUCGGAAGCAUCAAAGCAGCUUUCAGCUAUGGUCCGCCUGAUCUUCUGGUUGCUACGCCUGGCUCGUUGUUGAAGGCAAUAUGGAGACGCUUUGUGGAUCUGAGUGAACUUCGUUUUAUUGUAGUAGAUGAAGCUGAUACAAUGUUUGACCCCAGUUUCGUAGACAUGCUUGAGAAGGUCCUCCGACACACCCAGGUUGCUGCGAAUCUCUCCGAGCUAACCGGACCCGCACGAAAAGCACAGCUGGUGGUAGUAGGUGCCACUUUCCCUGGAGGGGUCGGCGAGCUCCUGGAUAAAGUGACCGAUCUGGGCAGCUUGGUAACGGUUAAGAGCCGGAUGUUGCAUUACCUGAUGCCGCAUGUCAGGCAGACCUUUGUGAAAGUAAGAGGCUCUGAAAAGGUUCUGGAGCUUCACCAAGCUUUGAAGGAGGCAGAUCGGAAAGGCGUUUUGGUGUUCUGCAAUUCGGCUGCCACCGUCAACUGGCUUGGUUACACGCUGGAAGAGAUGGGUCUUCAUCACGCUCGUCUUCAGGGAGAAAUGCCUGCCUCGAUGAGGGAAGGAAUUUUUCAGAACUUCCAAAAAGGCCAUGUUGAUGUUUUGCUUUGUACUGAUAUCGCCUCCCGAGGACUUGACACGCAAAGAGUGGGGUUGGUGGUUAACUAUGAUUUCCCAGAAUCCCAUACAGACUACAUUCACCGUGCAGGCCGUGUAGGCAGGGCAGGAGCCUCAGGUGGAGGACAUGUCCUGAGUUUUGUCACCCAUCCAUGGGAUGUAGAGCUGGUGCAGAGCAUUGAGACAGCAGCCAGGAGGAGAAUGUGUUUACCAGGAAUGGAGACGGACAUUCAGAAACCAAGCAAAACAUUAUCACUGGAGAACAAAUGAUAUUACACAUUUACUCAUUUUCACUUCUGUUUUUACAAUACAGUACUCGUAUAAUAUGUUCAGGAAUACUUGAUAUAGAGUUGAAUGCAAAAGUUUGCAUCCCCCAUAAUUGUUCUGGUAAAAGAAGAAUGUACUUGUCAUGCUUUACAAUAAAUAUUUAUUCCAGGAUGUUAUAAA